CCCCGCCGGAGCCCGGAUGUAGCGUAACGCCAUUGCGGCCGCCGCGGCCGAGAUCACUCGCUGGCGGGGCUGGACACGCAGCGGCCUCGCCAUGAUCCCGCUCCGCCGCCUGCUGCUGCUGCUGCUGCUGGCCUUCCCCGCCACCCUGCUGCUGCGAGGCGGCGCGGCAGGUUCGCUCGCAGCUGCCCAGGAUCUGACAGAAGACGAAGAGACGGUGGAAGACUCCAUCAUUGAGGACGAGGACGAUGAGGCAGAGGUGGAAGAAGAUGAACCCACGGACUUGGUAGAAGAUAAAGACGAAGAAGAUGUGUCCGGUGAACCAGAAGCCUCACCAAGUGCAGAUACGACUAUCCUGUUUGUGAAAGGAGAGGAUUUUCCAGCCAACAACAUUGUGAAGUUCCUGGUAGGCUUUACAAACAAGGGCACGGAGGAUUUCGUUGUUGAGUCCCUGGAUGCCUCGUUCCGUUACCCUCAGGACUACCAGUUUUACAUCCAGAACUUCACCGCUCUUCCUCUGAACACCGUCGUGCCGCCCCAGAAGCAGGCGACUUUUGAGUAUUCCUUCAUUCCCGCAGAGCCCAUGGGAGGACGCCCCUUUGGCCUUGUCAUCAACCUCAACUACAAAGAUUUGAACGGCAACGUCUUCCAAGAUGCUGUCUUCAAUCAAACCGUUACGAUCAUUGAAAGAGAGGAUGGGUUAGAUGGAGAGACAAUCUUCAUGUAUAUGUUCCUUGCUGGUCUUGGCCUCCUGGUUGUCAUUGGUCUUCAUCAGCUCCUCGAAUCUCGGAAGCGCAAGAGACCCGUACAGAAAGUAGAGAUGGGCACCUCGAGUCAGAAUGAUGUUGACAUGAGUUGGAUUCCUCAGGAAACUUUGAAUCAGAUCAAUAAAGCAUCGCCAAGAAGGUUGCCCAGGAAGCGGGCACAGAAGAGAUCGGCAGGAUCUGAUGAGUAAAUGUUCCUUUGUGCAACAGUUCAGUCUGUGUACUUAACCUGCCCUAAUGUUUUUCGGCCUGAUGGGAAUUAGUGCAGAGAAGCCCUGUCACCACAGACGGCGACUCCUCCUUGUUGUGUGGAUAGAACAGUCACAGUCUGUGGCGAUCACACUGCUGAAAAUGCACUGCAUUCGUUUAAACCAUUAAAAUGAUGUGUGUGCGUGUGCGUGCGUGCGUGUGUGCGUGCGUGCGUGCGUGCGAGCGAGCAGCUGGUCUUACCAGAAGCUGACUGAACUACCUGAAGCAAGCAUGCCUUCAUGCCUUUCGAAUGCUGACAGCAACAUGUUGCCUCCUCCUCCUUGACAUCUGACAAUCCCCCACCCCAGCUCCCAAACUCAUGUAUUCCCUGUGUGGGAAUACUGAGCAGAGAUGGCCUGUUUGCGGUGACUUAAAAGGAAUUGUUUCUUCUUUGAAUUAGCUCAAAUCCCAGCAAACGGCCCAAGUUAACUUUCUGUCGUCAUUGAUUUUAUUGCUUUUACAGUCGUAUUCUAAAGGCAUAUGUGAGCUUAGCGCUUCUUAGCAAUACAGUUGUUUCGGCAUUCUGCUGUUGUUUGUUAUAAUAAUGCACACCUUCAAGAAACUCCCCAAUGAGCUGAAGAAAUUUGCCAUCUCUCUAGCAACAACAUUGUGAAUCAUAAAAAUUCUGCUAAUUUUGACAUGUAAAACCAAUCCCCCCCUUUUUUUU